CAAGUCUACAACCCUCACAACUCACAAGCAUCUACUACUUACAAGCCUUUUCCUAUGUAAAUCUGAAAUCAAAUGGAGGGAAAAAAAUUUCCAGUAUCCGGCCUUUAAAGAUAUACGUAUAUUACAUCAAUACUCAUAUUUUUCACUUUAACUUCUCACUGUUUUUUCUCUCGCAGGCAAGGGUUAUAGUAACCACUGAAAUUAUUCUCUCAAAACUCAGAAAAAUGAGUGAUUCUAGAGAAGAAUCUCCAGAUUGGCUCCGCACUUUUCAGGCACCUGCUGCGAUAACCUUGUCAUCCGGAUCUGAAUCUCCCCUAAAUAACAACCAUCUAUAUGAUGAUGAGGAUAGCGUCAAUCUGAGUAAGCUGUUUCAGAAGGAUAAAAUAUCACUUUCAGAAGCCAUUAGUAGUCAGGAUGGGCAUGGAUCUCAACUCCCAAAUAUGUCUGAAAUAAAUUCUCCAAUUAAAAAUGAAAAAGUAGACCGCACACCUACUAGGAAGAGAAAGAAGGAAAAUCAGAGUGAAAAAAAAGGAAAAGGCACUGACAAGGCUUUCACGAAGAGAAGAGCGUUGGAGAAGCCUUUUACAGAUAAAGAACCCAGUCAUUCAGUCUGUACGUUGUCAUCGGAUUCUGAGUCUCCUCAUGAUGGCAGUUCCAUAAAAGUGGAGGAAGUCCUUGACAAAGAGUUGCUUAUCCACGAUGCUGAAGCUACAAAGAAAGAAGAAAAUGAUGUACUGUCUAAGCAAAAAUCUCCUAAGAAAAAAAUGAAGAAAGAGGAACAGGAAAAGAAUAUAAAACUAGAGAAUCAGCUGAAUGAAGAGAAGGAAGACAUGGAAGCCGUGGAGGAAAAUAUUCCAGAGAAACAAAGCGGAACAAAUUUGGCAUCUUCAAGGCUGCCUUUGGUGCUUCCCGAGAAAGUACAGAGGACAAAGGCACUUGUGGAGUGUGAAGGUGAUUCCGUAGAUCUGAGUGGUGAUGUGGGUGCUGUCGGGAGGAUAAUUGUUUCGGAUGGUCCAUCAGGAAACCAUGAAAUGCUUCUUGAUUUGAAAGGAACCAUAUAUAAAACGACAAUAUUGCCUUCCAGGACGUUUUGUGUGGUAAGCUUUGGACCAUCAGAAGCAAAGGUGGAGGCCAUCAUGAAUGACUUCAUACAGCUGAAGUCACAAUCAAAUGUUUAUGAUGCUGAAACCAUGGUUGAAGGGACUCUUGAUGGUUUCACAUUUGAUUCGGAUGAGGAGGCUGAAAAUUUGCCUCGACCAGCUUCCCAAGGUGACCAUAAUGAGAAUGUUGAUCAUCAGCCCAAUGGGAAUGUCAAAGCAAAAGCUAAGAGAGCAUCGGCUAUGGAACAAAAGAAGGGCAAGAAGGGAGCAAAGAUACCAAAGAAAGUAAAAAAGAAACCUCAAGUGCAGAAGAAAAGCAAGAGCAAAAAAUAAGCUAAUACUGUACAUAUUUCUUUUCAUUCGCUAUGUAUUCUCAUUAUUUUCUUUUCCCAUUUUCUUUCAUUUUCUUCUGUGCUUUGUAUACUUAUACUGAUCGUAAAUUUUUUAAAGCUAACGAAAGUAGUCUUGGGAAACUAGAUAAUUGGUUGAGGCCACACAAUAUGUAUUAUUUGCAAGAUUUUAGUA